CUCUAACACAUGGCUUAGGAAGAGGUCGCCGUGUGGUGAGUGAAAUGAUUGGUCUGUCCUUUUAACAGAAACAUGCAGGGAAUAACAAGACUUUUCAAUUCAUCAGCCCGGCUUUCACUUCUGAAAAAUAAUGCAUCACUUGUAUCAGCGGUUUACAAGACAAACUCAAUGCUUUUCCCGAAUUUCCUCAAAUCUGACAGCCCUACCUAUUGUUGCAUGUGGUGUGUAGGCUAUAAAAGCAGGAGGGGAAGGUAUUCCGAAGAAAAGUUUGACUGGGAAAUCGACCACCCUUUUGAUGAUGAUUCUAAAGUUGAAAUGGACACAGAAGUGUUCACAGAUGAGGGAAGGACUCGGUAUCAUUUCAUGUUAAAAGGAUUUGGAGUGAUGUGUUACAUUUUCUUUUGCAACCUCGGAUACUUUAUCAGACUAAGGUUAAAUGAAUUGAAAAGAGGGAAGCCAAAAACGACUAGCUGGAGGGAAUCUGUGUAUUGGGAGAAUAAGGGGUUUACUGGAUUCAUGACACUAUCCUAUUUGCUAGCAAUUACAGUUCCAAUAGUUUCCUUCUGGAUUUGCCAUCGUUGUGUGCGAAGCCUAUGGCUAUUAAGAGGAGGCAAGACAGUUCGAGUACAGACAUUUUCCCCCUUCUUUCUGCCGAACACAUAUGAGGUCCCCAUCCAAAAUAUAAGUGGAUUAAAUUCUAGAGGAGGAGAAAAAUAUGUGAUGUUUCAGUUGAAGAAGCUGAACAACAAAAUUUUACCUCUUACUAUGAGUAGUAUGACCGGGACAUUCAAGGAGCCACUGCUGUAUGAUAGUUACAUAGGACAGUAUAGAAACCUUAAGGCAGAGUGAAUUUAAUGUCUGUAUUGUUAUUGAAUAUACUGACUUAGAAUGUGAUUUAUUUAUUCAAAUCUUUUUUAUUUCUCUCUUGAUUUUGUACAUGCUGCAGCCCAUUUAUGAAAAAAAAUUCCCACUUUAAGAACCGGAUAUUUUUAACCAGUGGAUGGAGUUUUAAAAAUUUCUGUUACCAUAUCUGGCAAAAUAAUCUGUAAUAGUGCAUUUUUAUAAAAAUGAUAAAACUUGCAGUUUGAUCAUUAAAAAAUAGAGAAUUCAUAGCAAAGUUCUUCUUCUGAAUCAGUUGUUUAAACUGGUCCAGGUAAUAAUUGACUGAUCUGGUUUUGCUAUUUUUUAUUCCUGUAACCUAUUGUGGUAUUGAAUUUACCUUUGAAAUAAAAAUUAGCAAAACAUCCUGA